GGUCAAGUUUACCAAAUGAAAAAAAUUAACGCCGAUCAAGUACGAUCGUAGAAAAGUAGAAACGCCAGACAGUCCGUGACUUCACUAAACGUUCAGGUAGUGUCCAGGAGACACUACCUUGGUUGGGUUUGUGAAGCUAACGAAGCUAACAGACGCAUCUGAUGCAGCUCGAGCAGGAAGCUAACGUGGCUAACUAACGUCAGCGGUUGUUUUCAGGUAAAGUGACCGACCACAGCUGCGCACAGUCGGGCACAGCGGGGAUGAGCUGUCCGGUGAACCUUCAGGCUUUGCCGUCCGGUGUAUUUGACGAGGUGUUUACCCCGGACAAUGUGAGAGGAAGGACUUCUACAAACUCUCUCACUCCGCUGAGUUUCCCCAAAUCCAGAUCAGCUCUAUGGGACGGCAGUCCAGCAGGAGAGAAGCUCCGCCUCCAGCUCUGCUCACACAGGAAGCCUCGGGUGGUGCUCUUGGAGAAAGCUCUGCGUUUGGCUCAGCGUCAUGUCCGUCACAGCAACAAGUCCCACCUCCACUGUUUCUUCCUGGGAUCAGUGUCUGUGGACUCAGAUGAGGAAGGGGUCACGGUGACUCUGGACCGGUUCGACCCGGGUCGGGACCAGGCCGGAUCAUCAGACAGGGUUCCUUCUGCUCAGCUUCCCGGAGACGUCCUGGUUCCCUGUCUGUUCUCCACUCAGACUGAGACAACACCUGACACUGUCGACCAAUCAGAGGCUGAGCUCCAUCAUUGCUUCAAAGUGUUGCAGCGGUUUGUGAGCAGCAGACAGUCUCUGGAUCUGUCUCAGCUGUUUAAGGUCAGAGGUCACGUGAUCUGCUGUCAGCAGUCUGAUGCUAUGGUGUUCGAUCUGAGCUGGUCGGCCGUCUGUCCGUCCGCCAGCGUGGAUGUUCAGCCAGUCCGAGCCGUUCCCGUCAUCCCCACCGCUCUGCUGAGGAGUCUGAUCAGCAUCGACCGACCACUGCAACACACCGCCAGCCGACAAAGAGGGUUUCUGACCAUGGAUCAGACCAGGAAACUCCUCCUGCUGCUGGAGUCUGAUCCUAAAGCCUCCAACCUGCCGCUGGUCGGACUCUGGCUGAGUGGAGUCACACACAUCUACAACCCCCAGGUGUUGGCCUGGUGUCUGAGGUUCCUGUUCAGCUCCAGCCUCCAGGACAGAGUUCUGUCAGAGAGCGGCUGCUUCCUCCUCCUCCUCUUCACGUCAACUCACAGAGCUCCUCAGUUCUUCCAGUGUCGAGCACCCAGACCGGGACCAGGACUACAGCUGGACUGUGAACUGCUGACUGCCUUCCAGUCUGUCACACUGUACCAGCAGGGGGCGUCGGUGGAUGGCCGGACUCUGCGGUGUGAGCUGGGUUCAGAGGAUCACAGCAGGCAGAUGGAGAUCUUCAGAGAGGCUCAGAGCUCCUUUAACAGUGCCGCCCCGCCAGCUGCUGGUCUCUCCAUCAGUGAUCAGGACUCUGGAGUUGAGGAUGAAGACCUUUCUCCACGACCGUCCCCGAGUCCUCACCUCCCUGCUCAGCAGACUCGCAGAGUUCAGCCGUCUGUUCCUGAACUUUCUCUGCUGAUUGACAGCAGCUUCACCUCCAAUCACAACAGUCGACAGGACCCUGGCUCCGCCCACAGGCUGCCUCCACCUUCUGCAGACAGGAAGUCUGCUCCUCCAGCAGGAAACACCUCCUCCACUCCUGCCUCCUCCUCAGCUCCCAGACCCGCUCCUCCUCCUCACUUACACAGCACCCCCAACUCCAACCCGCAGCAGCCCUGCUCCUGCUGCUCCACCCACACUUACACCUGUACCUCCAUAUUCUCUUCCCCUGGAGUCCUCCCUGCUCCUCCCUCACAUCACCACACUUCUCCUCCCCCUUCCAGAAACCUUCCAGCUACUCCUUCUCUUCCUCCAUCUUCCAAUCAAGGUACUCCCCCAUCCUCCCAUCACUCUCCUCCUCCUCCCUCCCCCUGCCAAGCUAUUCCUCCGUCUUUCAGCCACUCUGCUCCUCCACCUUCCCUUCACCCUGCUCCUCUUCCCUCCCAUAACCUUUCUUCUCUUCUUUCCACCCAGCACCACACUUCCCCUCCCUCCACUCAUGUCUUUGCUCCUCCUCCUCCUCCCUCCCCCCUCCUCCCCCCUCCUCCUACCCGUCCCUGCAGCCAUCCUCCUCUUGUCCCACAUUGUGGGGACUCACCCUCUCCUCACCCCUCCUACCCAGCAGACCCUGUGUCUUCCCCCUGGCUCCCCCGUCCCUCCUGUGUGAAUCAGUGCUGUGAUCAGGUGGGGGGAGUUGUAACGUCUGACACCUACCAGCUCCUCCUCCAUCAGGACCGACAGCUGCGCCUCCUGCAGGCUCAGGUCCAGAUGCUGCUGGAGGCUCAGGGAAAGCUUCAGUCCUCCAGUCACCAGGUGGACACUCAGACACCCAGGACCACAGCCAGCAUUGCUGUGGGGACAGGUGCCAGUCUGUUCUGGGGGGAUCCUGUCCAGCAUCUCCCUCACUUGGAGGUACAAGCUCCUCCCCCCUCCUCUCCCAACCCUCCCUCCUCCUCCAAAUCUUCCUCCUCCAACCCCAGCCCCUCCUCCUCACGUGACCUGACCAUCAGCAGGCCUGUGGGUGGGGCGGAGGACGGUGACUCCAGUCAUCAUGUAGAUCCCUGCUCCCCCUCUGGUCAGCACAGCAUCAGAGGUCUGCAGAGUCCAGUCCUGGGAGAGAGUCUGAGCAUGUACCGACCUGCAGAUGACCAGAGCUUCUAUCAAAACCUCAUGACACAGCUGACCAGUCGUCUUCAGGAGUCAGAGAGCAGACCAGACGUGGAGGAGGAGGAGGAGGAGCAGGAGUCCAGGAGGAAGAGUCUGUCUGUGAUUUCUGACCACGCCCAGUCCUUCCAGUCCCCCUCCUCCUCCUCCUCCUCCUCCUCCUCUUCUUCAUCCAGGAGGAAGCAGCAGCAGAGUCCAGGAGGAGACCCAGUGGUCAGUGCCACUCUGCGGCAGCUACAACAGCUUGGAGUCGACGUGGAUGACGAAGAUCUGACAGAGUCCGACAGAAACCGAGUCAGAACUGUGGAGAGCGCCAGCACUCUGGCGAGCAUCAACCCAGCAGCGGUCGUGUCCAGACUGAGCGUGUCUGAUCCGAGCGUCAGCUCUCUGUUCCCUGGCGGCAGCGUGGAUCUGAGUCUGGAGGCCAAUGCCAUAGCCCUGCGUUACCUCAGCGACUCUCAGCUCAGCCGGUUGUCUGUGGGAAGUCACGCCCCCCGCCCAGGCCCCGUCUCCUCUGGUGACUCCCUGCUGUCGCCUAGCAACAUGUCUCUGGCCACCAGGAAGUACAUGAGGAGGUACGGCCUGAUCGAGGAGGAGGAGGAGGACGGCGAGGAUGAAGAGGAACGGGGGGAGGCCGGAGUCCAGGACGCAUUGACUCUCCAGCCACUGACCGGAGCUCUGAACACGAAGCUCCUCCCACAGAGUCAGCUGAUCAGAGACCUCCGGCCAAAGAUGCAGAUGUUAGCUGGAAAAAACAAACCGAACACCGCUGUCAAGGAGAACUGUUCCAGCGGCCGACCAUCUUUAGUGAGGGCGAGGAGCCGCCAGACAGAGGAAUCAGUGGGAAACAUCCUGGAUCUGAGCCGCCUGAGACAGCUGCCCAAACUCUUCUGACACCAAGACACCAGAAAUCCAGCAGUCAGAUGGGCAAGAAACUGUCAUCUUUUAAAUGGAGUCUGGUGUCUCUGAGGUGCUUGGUAUGGAAUCACUCUGCUGGUCUGACUCAGUGGUUUUACUGGAUCUGCCAUCUUCAGUCAGCUGGAGGACUUGGUGUGAAACAUCUGUCCAAACUGUUCUGACAGCUGCUAAAACCCAAAACUGAAAACCAGCUGCUGCUCAGACUCAGAUGUCGAAGUCCUGCUAGAACAUUGUAAAAACUGUUUACAUUUUAAAUGAAGUCUGGUGUGUCUGAAUACUCAUGGUCAUAUUGAUUUUACUGGCAAUCUACCAUCAUCAGUCGAGUCAGGCAACUUCAGUGACAUUACAUCCUGGACCCAAACUGCAAAAACUAUAAAACCAGAAACCAAAGUUGGAUCAGACCCACAAUGUCUGAGAAAGGCUUAAAGAGUUUAAAAACUCACUUCUUCUAAAUGGAAUCUGGUGGAAACACUGUGCUGGUGUGUCUCAGGCCCUGGUUUUCAUGGUCAGACUGGUUUUACUGGAAAUCUGCCACCUGUUUGUCUGCUUUCACUCACUAUGUCAGACGUGUGUGUGUGUUCAUGAAAUGUGUGUUUCUGAUUUUGUCACUUAUUUUUAUGUCAAAAUGUGUUUUGCACAGAUCUUUAUGUUAACGAUUCCUCAA